CGCUGCGCCCUUCGCCGCCCGCACCUCCCCGCAGCCUGCCCCGAUGCUCUGAGCCCGCGCGGCCCCAGACCCGGCCCCUUCCCCCGGCUGCGCCGCCAUCUCCCCGCGCCCCGCGGCGGCCAUUGGAGCCGCCCGCUUCGCAUCCAGGGAGCCGGCGGGAGAAGAAACCGAGCCCCGCCGCCGCCAUGGACAGCCCCGGCGGCGUCACCGACAAGAAGAGGAUUAGCUCGGAGCGCAGAAAAGAGAAGUCACGAGAUGCAGCCCGGUGCCGGAGGAGCAAGGAAUCCGAAGUGUUCUACGAGCUGGCUCAUCAGCUGCCCCUGCCCCACACUGUGAGUGCACAUCUGGACAAGGCUUCCAUUAUGAGACUGACCAUCAGCUACUUGCGCAUGAGAAAGCUGCUAGAUGCUGGUGAGCUGGAAACAGAAGCCAAAAUGGAGAAGGAACUGAACUGUUUCUACUUGAAAGCUCUUGAUGGAUUUGUCAUGGUUCUGUCUGAAGAUGGGGACAUGAUUUACAUGUCUGAAAACGUGAACAAGUGUAUGGGACUCACUCAGUUUGAGUUGACGGGGCACAGUAUAUUUGAUUUUGCUCAUCCAUGUGACCAUGAAGAGCUGAGAGAAAUGCUUACACACAGGAAUGGUCCUGUGAAAAAGGGCAAAGAGCAAAACACGGAGCGCAGCUUUUUUCUCAGAAUGAAGUGCACACUGACUAGCAGGGGAAGGACAGUGAAUAUAAAGUCUGCUACGUGGAAGGUACUGCACUGCACUGGACACAUCCGUGUGUACGACACAUGCGGUAAUCAAACCCACUGUGGCUAUAAAAAGCCUCCCAUGACAUGUCUGGUGUUGAUCUGUGAACCUAUUCCUCAUCCAUCAAACAUUGAGGUCCCCUUGGACAGUAAAACCUUCCUCAGUCGUCACAGUCUUGAUAUGAAGUUUUCCUAUUGUGAUGAAAGAAUUACAGAGUUGAUGGGCUAUGAGCCAGAGGAACUCCUGGGUCGCUCAAUCUAUGAGUACUAUCAUGCACUGGAUUCUGAUCAUCUGACCAAAACACACCACGACAUGUUCACAAAAGGGCAGGUGACAACAGGACAGUACAGAAUGCUUGCUAAACAAGGUGGCUAUGUCUGGGUUGAAACUCAAGCAACUGUUAUAUACAACACUAAGAAUUCUCAGCCGCAGUGCAUAGUGUGCGUAAACUACGUGCUGAGUGGAAUUGUUCAGAAGGACUUGAUUUUUUCCCUUGGACAAACCGAGUGUAUGCUAAAACCAGUGGAGUCUCCUGAUAUGAAAAUGACCAAAAUAUUCAGCAAAGAUGACCUGGAUGAUACCAACAGCCUAUUUGAAAAACUUAAACAGGAACCAGAUGCUUUAACUGUGCUGGCCCCAGCUGCUGGAGACACAAUUAUCUCUCUAGAUUUCAGCAGUAAUGAGUCUGAUGAACAACAAUGUGAUGAAGUUCCUUUGUAUAACGAUGUAAUGCUCCCCUCAUCCAGUGAGAAAUUGCAGAAUAUAAAUAUGGCAAUGUCCCCACUACCUGCCUCUGAAACUACAAAGCCACUUCGUAGCAAUGCUGAUCCUGCACUCAAUAGAGAGGUUGUAUCAAAGCUGGAGCCAAACACAGAGCCACUCGAACUUUCUUUUACCAUGCCUCAGGUGCAAGAGCAACCAACCAGCCCUUCUGAUGCAAGUACCAGCCAAAGUUCACCUGAGCCCAGUAGUCCCAACGACUACUGCUUUCAUGUGGAUAAUGAAAUAGCUGAGUUCAAAUUGGAAUUGGUGGAGAAACUCUUUGCGAUAGAUACAGAAGCAAAAAAUCCAUUCUCUACUCAGGAAACUGAUUUAGACUUGGAGAUGUUGGCUCCUUACAUCCCAAUGGAUGAUGACUUCCAAUUGCGCUCCUUUGAUCAGCUGUCUCCACUGGAAAGCAGUUCAUCCGGCUCUCAGAAUGCAGCCAUUACCAUCUUCCAGCAGCCUCAGACACCAUCAAGUACUGCUGAUGAAAAAAAACCAGUGACAGAACAUGUGGAUGAUGUGAAGACGCUACUUGCACCUUCAUCUCCUGCCCACAUCAUCAGUGAAACGAGUAGUGCCCCAGCAUCGCCUUACAGUGGCAACAGGAGUCGAACCGCGUCUCCGAACCGAGGGGGAAAAGGAACGUUGGAUCAGACGGAAAAAUCCUGUCCAGGAGCUCCCAGUUUGCUAACAGUCACUCUGAACAAAAGAUCUACUGCAAUGGAUGAAGAACUAAAUCCAAAGAUGCUAGCUUUGCAUAAUGCUCAGAGAAAGCGAAAAAUGGAACAUGAUGGUUCACUUUUUCAGGCAGUUGGAAUUGGGACUUUAUUCCAGCAGACAGGUGACCGUGGAGGAAAUGCAUCACUUGCUUGGAAGCGUGUAAAGGGAUGCAAAACAACUGGUCCUAAUGGAGUGGAGCAAAAGACAAUCAUUCUGCUAUCAACUGACAUAGCAAGUAAACUUCUAGGGCAGUCGAUGGAUGAAAGUGGACUACCCCAGCUCACCAGUUACGACUGCGAAGUAAACGCGCCCGUACAAGGCAACAGAAACCUGCUACAGGGUGAAGAACUGCUCAGAGCUCUGGAUCAAGUUAACUGAGCUUUCACAAUACUUGUUUCUUUUUUGGACACUGGUGAAUCAUCACCUAAAGCAGUCUAUUUAUAUUUUCUAUAUCUGAUUUUAGAAGCCUGGCUACAGUACUGCACUAAUUCAGUUAGUUCCGUUUUGAUCCCCUUUCUACUUAUUUUGACAGUCUUUUUAAUGUGUUCUUUAUGUAACAAUAACUCAAACUAUAGUGCAUUUUUAUAAUUCUUUGGUACAUACACUUUUAAGUCCAUUACAUUUAAAACACUUGCAAUAGCAGCUUUGAAAUAUGCACCUGAUUUUAAAAAACUAUUUAUUUUUUGGCUGGGGAGUUGGUCACCAAAACUUACCAUUAGUAAAAUGCCAACACAGGAAAAACUGGCAAUCCUUCCAUCCUGCUCUUCAUAGGUAGCUGGAAGACUUGUGCUCUCUUUACUCUUUAUGUUCAAAUAAGUUUUUUUUAUUUCAAUAGUUUUUAUAAGAAACAACAAUGCUUUGCAGCAGUGCAUUGUAGCCACAAUCGCACAAUAUAUUUUCUUAAAAAAUACCAGCAGUUCAUCAUGCAAUAUAUUCUGCGUUUAUAAAAACUAGUUUUUAAGAAGAAUCUUCUUUUGUUUGCCUAUGAAAAUCAUGUUUAAACCUGGAUUAUGUCAUUAUUUUAGUCACGUUGUAAUAUACAUUUUUCUGAAAUGCUGUCUUACGCUUUUGACUUACAGGAGUGUGGUUAGUCAAAGGAAAGGCUUUUAUCUGGAAAGGGCUAGCAGCAUUUUAUUUGGAUAUGUUCUCAAUUUAGAGAGAGAUUGAUGUUCUUAAAGUAGUCACUUUGCCAGCUUAAAAAAAAAAAUUAAAUCCCUGCCUGUAGUUGUUGAAGUUAAUGCUAAUAUUGUGUAUGAUCUUAAAUCUAUAUGUUCAGCUUACCCUGUGUGGUAUAGGUGAUAUUUCAAGCAGAUUGUAAAACAUCUUGCAUUGUUAGCAGAGUUUUAUCUAGUACUUCAUUGAGUUGCUCAAUAUUUUGAUGUUUUGGUUUUAUGCACCUUGUUGCUAUUAACAUCCAUAUGUUUUCAUGUAGAUUUCAAUAACUUGAAUAUAUUUAGAAGCCUUUUUAUUUAGAAAUAUAUAGUUGUCACAAACAUCUUAUUUUCCUAUAUGUACUGUACAAAACCUUCAUUCACUCAUUCUUUUGCUCUUUGUGGUUGGAUCUAACACUAACUGUAUUGUUUUCUUACAUCAAUAAACUAUACGUGGACCAGGCCCCCUCGGGGAGUGUGUUACCUGAGAGAAAUGAGAUAAUUUAUAUUUUUGUUAGUGGUUGUUGUUCAUCAGUGUUCCCUUUUUAACUUAGAGUCGAUUGGAAAUCACUGCUCCCUUAUUUUGAUUGUAACAUCUCUGUGUUAAUUAUUUGAGCCUAUUCAGUACUGAAGUCUCCCAGACAGUGUUGUACUACUGCUCGCCAAAGAUGUUAAACUUUUUAACUCUGUUAUCCACACCAGUUAGCAAACUUGAAAGGGAGGAGACAUCAUAUUUGUGUUACUUGAGAGUGGAAAGAUUCUUCCGCAUGAACAACUUAAAGGCUUGUCUCUGGAAGCUUUAUCAAGGUAACACUAGAAAGCAGGAAAAUAAAAUUCACAGGAGUGAUCAAUUAAAGAUGGAAUUAUUUUUUUUUUUUCACAAAACUGCAUGAUUUAAAAAUAAGCUGGUAAUUUAUGGUAAAGCUUAUUCUACUUUCUUGUGCUGUUGACUCAGUAACUUUGACUAGGUGACUUUCCUCAUUUUGCUGUCAUAAAACAUUAUGCUACUGAUAGAACCUUGUAAUGUGUAAAUAUGGUCAAGAUAUUCUGUGCAUUCUUCAAAUUAUUUAAAAAAAAAACCCUAGCUCAAUGCAAGAAAUCAAAUGUGGAGUGUCACAAGAAUUAUCUUUGUUUUAUUUUGGAAACUUUGCUUUCAUCAGACUCUUUUGAAAUUAAUAUAGGGGUACAUAAGCUUAACCUGUUUCCUAAAAUUUCUGUUACUCUUUCAGUGAAAUGAGCACUUUGAGCUGACACAAGUGUACUAAACUAAAUGGAGAUUAUCAGCUACCAACUGAAAAAAAAAAGGAUAAGGCACUGAUAGCAGAAGACAACUGCAUACUUCUUAAAGGUUGAGUAGAAGCUGCAGAAAGAGGAGAAAGCAUGUAGGUGCUCUAAGCUAAAGAUGAAACUUUGUUCAGAGAACAUUUUGAACAUACACCCCUGCUGCUGAAUUUUAAAUGCAGCCUUUAAGUGUGCAAAGCUUACAAAUUUUAUCUGGAUAAAAGCAGCAGAGCUGCUGCAUACCUGCAGUGUGAGGUCUCUUGGAUGGCAUUCUUCCCAUGGCAUCCCUUUCUGUGGCAGCAGCUCACAGGUUUUAGAGUGAUGGUGCUAAAGGCUUAGUAAAAAAAGCACCAGCACCCUGCUUUGCUCUGCAUGGAUUGACACAACCUGUCUGAGGCAGGGAGGAGAAUUUUGCAGAGAUGUGAAAGAUACAAGUGGGUUCUGCUUUUCUCACAGCCCCAGCAAGCUUUGAGCUGGCCUGGUGGGUUAUCCCUUUUCAUCUCCAAGAGAAACUUCAUAGCAUCUUGCUUGAUAUUGUUCUGCUGAUCUCUUGACCUUAUUUUGGAGAAGCCUGACCUUUUUGGGUCAGUCAGUUCCUCUUCAGUGUAACUUAAGAGGGCAGUCAAUUUUCAUAAAGAAAAAUCAAUGUUAAAAGAGGAGGAACACUUAAGUGUCCCACAUGAUUUAUGGUUAUGAGUCUGCUGGUAUAAUCUCUGGUCUUAAUGACAGCAGCUGUGGAUUUAAAUGAGCCAUGUUUCAUCUAAGAAUCUUCCUAACUCACACUUUUUUAAUUAUACAUAAUAACAAGGCAGAGCAUUUUGUUUACUGCCCUGGUAGAAGUGAAACAAACAUGCAAUUAAUGGAAUUAACUGCAAUAGCUGUAUUGGUUUGUUUUAGGAAAAAAAAAACAACAACCAACCACCCAACCUCCUAGAGAGAUUGGUGAAAGCAAGGAAAAGUAACAGUAAUUGCUCUGGUCUUGUAAGAUCUUUGCAAAAUGUAAAUGUAAAGUCACAAAAUCUCUCAAGUGCCUUUAUUUUUUUUUUUCUUAGACUCUUUGGACUAGAUGAGCUUUAUAGGUCCCUUCCAACCCAAUACAUUCUAUGAUUCUAGGAAUACACACCCUGAGUCUAAACCUUCUUUGGAGGACAAGUUUCUAGAAUACAUUAACUUCUAAAUGCUUUCUUAUUUUGAUUCUGAAUAUUUCCUUUGCUGACCUGCUACCUUUUAAAAUGUUGAGGCACUACAUUAGAGCAUUCAUUCUUCAGUGGUAGUAAAGAAGCUGUAGGCAGGUAGUGUUUCCUUCUGCAUAUGGAACAUGCUAGAUGAUGUGGAAAUGAUAAACUGAGGAAAAUAACUAAGCUUCAGGAAGGUUAUUGUGACUACUGCAGUAGUCAAGCCAUGCCUCCUCCAUGGCAUAGCACAAUCAUUAUUUUUACAUAUGGAUUCCAAGUGAUGUUUUUAUCAACAACAAUGAUGGUUUUGUGAAAAGGUCAAGGAAUUUUUAAACUACUAAUUAUGAUGCCAUCAUUCAUUCCUUUACCUGAAAGUAGUUAUAACAAACUACAGGUGUAGCUCCCAAAAAGUCACUUAUGUCUGCUGUCCACUGACUUGAUCUCAGGUGUUAUACACUGAAUAAAUUAAAGUAGCCUGAGUCCAAAGUACAUCCUUCUAUUGUACUUUCCUCCUGUGUAGUGAGGUAGGCUUGGAUUAUGCUGAUCUUUGAAAACCUUUGGGUUUCCAAUUCAGUUUCCUGUGUGUCUGUGUACAGACAUUAAACUCUCCUAAGUAAUUACUGAAUUAAAGAAUCACAGGUUAAGGCCAGAAAGAACAAUUAAAACUUUACACAUAACACUGGUGACAAUUUAAAGACUUCAAAUUUUGGAUGAAUUGAUCACCUUUGCUUCCAACAAAAUACAAAGGUAGGAUCAAAAAAGUCUGAUGAUGACAGAUUAAGCUAUUGUGUAUUUAGUAGUAAGUUUUCAUUCUUUUAAUAGCUGUUUAAUGAAGCAGCUAAACAAUGGUAGCUGAAGGCAGAAACGUGGGCUGUUUCACCAGUAUCUGUUAGCAAGCUGUCUCCCUGUUUCACUGCUGAAUGAAGGGGUCCCUUGGAUGCACAGUGCUGUGGAAGUCCUGAGUGCCCAACCACUAUCCAACAGGCUCAAUGUCCCUGAGGUCAACCCAUCUGUUCCCAUCCCCUCCAAUUAGCUGCUGCUGAACACAACACACAUCUCACUCAAAUGUCACAGCACUUAUGCACAUUAAAACUGUAAUUGUCCAGCAUGAAAAGAAAUAUUUCACAGGAGUACUUUGUAGGAAGAUAAUUUUCAUAGGUAUUCAUGUAAGUUGGGUAUCCAGCUUUCAUUAAAAAUGCCAUUAGCAAUUAAGCUCCCUGGAAAGGUCCCUUUUAGAGAACUGUAAUUUUUUUUUGAUCCAAAUUCUAAAAAUGAUUUGUCAUUUUCCUUCUGCUUCCCUGUUUACCUUGAGCAAGGCUUGCCAAGUUACCAAAAAGUUAAAAGAGUUUGCUACUGGAUUAAUACAGUACGGUAGAUUUUGUGAAUAAUAGCAGUAUUCUCUCAUGAAGAAGUGGUAUAUUUUAAUGGAAUUCUUUUUUGGAACCAAGUACAACAUAUUGCAAUUGAUAUUUCUCUUGAAACAUUUUGACAUACUUGUGACUGUAUUUCUUUUUGAUUGUGUAACAGUAUAAAAUUCAAUAAAAGAGAGGGUUUGUUUCUAA